CUCCCAAACAUACUCACAGUCUGUCUCUUGACUAAUCCACACCUUUCAUAAAACAACAUUUGGAUACCACCUUUAACACCAACCCUCAUCUUUGUCAUCCUAAGUCCAUUUCUACUUAUAUGUCUAUUUUUCUUAUUAUCAUCAAACAAAUAGAAGACAUCGAUAACUUCCAACAACAGCCAAAUUGUGAACAUUGAUGCGUCACUGUGACUGCCGCAUCUACCAUCACCACCACUCGUGCACUCAUCGACAGGACAAACCUGACAUGCAAACUAUACCUAUCGCGAAGAAGAAGUAGAAGAGUGCUCAUGCUGUGUCACACCUGAUGGCCUUAAUACUAUAUAGUCACGCUUCAGGCUGUGUAGUCAGCCCCCAGGCUGUGUAGUCAGCCCCCAGGCUGUGUAGUCAGCCCCCAGGCUGUGUAGUCAGCCCCCAGGCUGUGUAGUCAGCCCCCAGGCUGUGUAGUCAGCCCCCAGGCUGUGUAGUCAGCCCCCAGGCUGUGUGGUCAGCCCCCAGGCUGUGUAGUCAGCCCCCAGGCUGUGUGGUCAGCCCCCAGGCUGUGUAGUCAGCCCCUAGGCUGUGUAGUCAGCCCCUAGGCUGUGUGGUCAGCCCCCAGGCUGUGUAGUCAGCCCCUAGGCUGUGUAGUCAGCCCCUAGGCUGUGUGGUCAGCCCCCAGGCUGUGUAGUCAGCCCCUAGGCUGUGUAGUCAGCCCCUAGGCUGUGUGGUCAGCCCCCAGGCUGUGUAGUCAGCCCCUAGGCUGUGUAGUCAGCCCCCAGGCUGUGUGGUCAGCCCCCAGGCUGUGUAGUCAGCCCCUAGGCUGUGUGGUCAGCCCCCAGGCUGUGUAGUCAGCCCCUAGGCUGUGUAGUCAGCCCCCAGGCUGUGUGGUCAGCCCCCAGGCUGUGUAGUCAGCCCCUAGGCUGUGUGGUCAGCCCCCAGGCUGUGUAGUCAGCCCCUAGGCUGUGUAGUCAGCCCCUAGGCUGUGUGGUCAGCCCCCAGGCUGUGUAGUCAGCCCCUAGGCUGUGUAGUCAGCCCCUAGGCUGUGUGGUCAGCCCCCAGGCUGUGUAGUCAGCCCCUAGGCUGUGUAGUCAGCCCCUAGGCUGUGUGGUCAGCCCCCAGGCUGUGUAGUCAGCCCCUAGGCUGUGUAGUCAGCCCCCAGGCUGUGUGGUCAGCCCCUAGGCUGUGUAGUCAGCCCCUAGGCUGUGUGGUCAGCCCCCAGGCUGUGUAGUCAGCCCCUAGGCUGUGUAGUCAGCCCCCAGGCUGUGUGGUCAGCCCCCAGGCUGUGUGGUCAGCCCCCAGGCUGUGUGGUCAGCCCCCAGGCUGUGUAGUCAGCCCCUAGGCUGUGUAGUCAGCCCCCAGGCUGUGUGGUCAGCCCCCAGGCUGUGUAGUCAGCCCCUAGGCUGUGUAGUCAGCCCCUAGGCUGUGUAGUCAGCCCCCAGGCUGUGUAGUCAGCCCCUAGGCUGUGUAGUCAGCCCCUAGGCUGUGUAGUCAGCCCCCAGGCUGUGUAGUCAGCCCCCAGGCUGUGUAGUCAGCCCCCCAGGAUGUGUAGUCAGCCCCCAGGCUGUGUAGUCAGCCCCCAGGCUGUGUAGUCAGCCCCCAGGCUGUGUAGUCAGCCCCCAGGCUGUGUAGUCAGCCCCCAGGCUGUGUAGUCAGCCCCCAGGCUGUGUAGUCAGCCCCCAGGCUGUGUAGUCAGCCCCCAGGCUGUGUAGUCAGCCCCCAGGCUGUGUAGUCAGCCCCCAGGCUGUGUAGUCAGCCCCCAGGCUGUGUAGUCAGCCCCCAGGCUGUGUAGUCAGCCCCCUGGCUGUGUAGUCAGCCCCCAGGCUGUGUAGUCAGUCCCCAGGCUGUGUAGUCAGCCCCCAGGCUGUGUAGUCAGCCCCCAGGCUGUGUAGUCAGCUUCUAGGCUCUAAAGUUAACCACCAGACUAUAUAGGCCAACGCCAGGGUUUGGAGAUUGAUCAAUCUCCAGACUGUGUAGUCAGCCUCCAGGCUGUGUAAUCAUCCUCCAGGCUGUCAAGUCACCCAUUAUACUGUGUAGGCAGCUUCCAGUGUGUGAUUCCAGUCUCCAGGGUGUGACAGCCAGUGAGUGUAUCUAGCCUUCAGGGUGUGACAGCCAGUGGGUGUAUCUAGCCUUCAGGGUGUGACAGCCAGUGGGUGUAUCUAGCCUUCAGGGUGUGACAGCCAGUGGGUAUAGCACUGACUUCAGACAUCUCUAGCACCCACCACAAUCAUCAUGGCAGAAAAUGAACGAUGGCUCACAGCUCAUCAUGAUCCUCUGGCAGCACUGUACACAUUCAGUGCUUGUGUGGCCUUGGCCGACCUUCAUGGAGAUGGAGAAUCGAAGCUCAUUAUUGCUGACCUUGGAACUGGAGCAUAUAAUAUGAAGCUUAAGGUCUACAAGGGUACCAGCUUGAUGUCAGAAAACACACUCAUAGACCUCCCAACAGGGGUUAUAACCUUUCAUAUGGACACCACAGAGCCCCGAGUACCAGCUGUUGCUGUUGCAUCUGGAAGUUAUAUUUAUAUCUACAAAAAUCUUCGGCCAUAUUUCAAGUUCACGUUGCCAACUUUAGAAGUCAAUUCUACAGAAUAUGAUGCUUGGGGCCAGGCCCGCGACGAGCAACUAGAUGUGAGCAUGCUAUAUGAGAUCCUUGAUUCACUGAGGCAAGAGGUGGGAGAAUGUGGACUUACAACAAGAUCUCAACGGUUCCUCAUGUGCCCUGAUCACAGCAGCCAAGCAGCCUUUCUCAACCAGCACAAAGGAUUCAAUCUCAAACGUCAAACUGUGGUAACAUGUUUUGCCACAAUGAAGAAAAGUCAUGCUGAAGAUGAUGCUAUCUCAUGCUUGGUCCUGGGAACAGAGAGUGCAAAUAUUUUUAUUCUUGAUCCAGAAGCCUUUACAAUUCUUAACAGUAUGAGCCUGCAUAGCGUACCAGUGUUCCUGUCAGUAUCUGGCUUAUACGAUGUUGAGUACCGCAUUAUUGUCGCAUGUCGCAAUGGUCAAAUAUACACACUGAAGCGUGGGACAAAAAUUGGCCGACCCACUGCAGAGCUAACAUCGCAACCAGUGGGCUUACUGAAACGAGACAAAAGCAUCAUUGUAGCCACCAUGGACCAAAAUCUUCAUUCUUUUAACAACAAGGGUAAGCGGUUAUGGUCUCUCAGGCUUCCAGCUGCCAUAACGUGUGUGGAGACUCUUGAGAUCCGUACGCUUGGCCUCACACUGACAGCUCUUGGAAUGGCUGACAACCGUGUCAUGAUUUAUCGUGAUAAGCAUUUAGUGGAUACUAUACACACUGAAGACAGGAUAUCUGCCAUGAAAUUUGGUCGCUUUGGACGAGAGGAUAAUACUUUGGUUUUGGUGAUGAAAGGUGGGGCACUUCUUGUGAAAAUUUUGAAGCGAACUGCACGUUUUGAAAUUGAAGAUACUCUAGGAUCUGCCCAUGCGCUCGCAGUGAAGCUCAACAUACCCAAAAAAACAAAACUCUUUGUUGACCAGACCAUGCGCGAGAGAGAAAACUGUGUGUUGAUGCACAGGGUGUUCCAACAUGACUUGUACCGUCUGCGACUGAACACAGCUCGUGCUUAUGUUCAGGCACUAGAGACUAGUAGUAAUCCUGUCUCCCUCUCGCAGACAGAGCCUUUAAAGCUGUCUGCACAGGUUUUGGGAUUGGGGCCAACCUUUAAGCUUCGAGUUGAGCUACAGAAUACUUCAUCGACAUCCCCAUCUUUACAACUGGCUGUUAUAUUCCACUGUGAUGAUCGUAUCUACAAUGUUAACAAAUCUUAUAUUCAGAUACCAAUUCUUAUACCUGGUGUCAUCCAUGUGGUGGAAACACUGAUCACAUGCAUAUCAGAGCUGGGUAUAUCAGACACAGUGCGUGUAUUUGUAGUGAAGGGAAAGGCAUCAAGGCCUUUGCUCACCGCAGUCAUCAACAUGCCAGUUGCAGAAGUCUUCAUGGGUUCAUAGACAUCAUGCUGAAAUAGAAUAUUAAUAUAAGCGAGGAUUAGCAAGGGCAAAAUUUUUUUUAUUUGAUUUAUUUAUAUAUUUAUUUUUUACAAAUAUAGAGUAGUAGUAGUUUCUAUAUGGACUAUAUCUAUAAAUUAUACAGUCACAUUAAAAUGCAUUAGUCAAGAUUUCAUGAUGCUUAACCUUCGUACUGCACGGUUUUUAUUGUGACAUUCAGGUGGUGUGCGGAAAAUAAAGUGUUCCCCCACUUUU